AUGGAUGUGACUGAGUUCCAGACCAAUUUGGUACCCUACCCUAGGAUCCAUUUCAUGCUGUCAUCAUAUGCGCCGGUGAUUUCAGCCGAAAAGGCCUACCACGAGCAACUAUCGGUGGCUGAAAUCACAAACAGUGCAUUUGAACCGUCUUCGAUGAUGGCCAAAUGCGAUCCACGCCAUGGGAAAUACAUGGCCUGCUGCUUGAUGUACAGAGGUGAUGUAGUGCCUAAAGAUGUGAAUGCUGCAGUGGCAACGAUCAAGACCAAAAGGACCAUCCAGUUUGUCGAUUGGUGUCCCACUGGGUUCAAGUGCGGCAUCAACUACCAGCCCCCAACUGUGGUGCCCGGUGGGGAUUUGGCGAAGUUUCAAAGGGCAGUUUGCAUGAUUUCCAACUCCACAAGUGUUGCCGAAGUGUUCUCGAGGAUUGAUCACAAGUUUGAUCUGAUGUAUGCAAAGCGGGCGUUUGUGCAUUGGUAUGUUGGUGAGGGAAUGGAGGAAGGUGAGUUUUCGGAAGCUCGAGAAGACUUGGCUGCUCUUGAGAAAGAUUAUGAAGAAGUUGGGUUGGAAUCUGGUGAAGGGGAUGAAGACAAAGGGGACGAGUAUUAG